AUGCUAGGACAUGGACCCAAGGGAGGGUACGGGUUCCCGAAUACCGCUGGGUCUGCUAAUGGAGGCCCUUGGGGGACGAACAAGAGUGGGAAUAGGCAUUCCGAGUUUGGGUGGGAUCCCAAUCAGAAUUGGAGGUAUACUAGUCAGUACGACCCGAACUGCAAGGAACCCAAGGAAGUCGAGCCUACGUACUUUUGGUUGUUGACGACCUACUUCAGUUACCUGGUCUUGAUCUCGCUCGGACACUUGAGGGACUUUUGGGGAAAGAGGUUCAACAAGAAGGAGUUUUUGCAUCUGAUGCCUCAGGACGGCUACGCUGCGUUGAUGUCCGACUUUGACUCGUUCUACACCCGACGUCUCAAGCUCCGAUUGGACGACUGUUUCUCCCGACCUACCGCCGGUGUGGCCGGAAGGACUGUCACUUUACUCGAUCGAAAGAGCGACGACCAGCACAAGUCGUUCCAGCUUACGGGGACCAAGACCCGGGCUUUGAACAUCUCGUCGUACAACUAUCUCGGUUUCGCCCAGGCUACGGGCGGAUGUGCCGAUGCUGUCGAGGCCGGCAUCAGAAAGUACGGGAUCAGCGCCGGGGGUGCUCGUCUCGAGGCUGGUACGCUCGACCUGCACGUCCAAGCGGAAAAGCUCGUCAGCCAAUUCAUCGGAUCCGAGGACGCCAUGAUCGUUUCGAUGGGCUUCGCUACCAACUCGACGACCAUCCCCGCGCUCGUCGAUCGGGGAUGCUUGGUCAUCUCGGACGAGUUCAACCAUUCGUCGAUCCGGUUCGGAGUCAGGUUGUCGGGUGCUAGCGUGAGGACGUUCAAGCACAACGACAUGAAGGCGCUCGACACGUUGUUGAGGGAGAGCAUCAGUCAGGGUCAGCCCAGGACCCACAGGCCGUGGAAAAAGAUCUUGGUCAUCGUCGAGGGAUUGUACUCGAUGGAGGGAACCAUGUUGCACCUGCCCGAAUUGAUCGUCAUGAAGGAGAGGUACAAGUUCUACCUGUACGUCGACGAGGCUCACUCGAUCGGCGCUCUCGGUCCCAACGGACGUGGUGUUUGUGACUACUUUGGCGUCGACCCGAGGUGUAUCGAUAUCCUUAUGGGUACCUUUACCAAGUCGUUUGGAGCUUCAGGCGGCUACAUCGCGGGCAACAAGGAUGUCAUCGAUAGGAUCCGCGUCAAGUCCCACUCGAUGGCCUAUGCAGAGGCCAUCACGCCGCCCGUCUUGACCCAGAUCAUCUCGUCCAUGGCUUCGAUCAUGGGUGUCUCGCCGCCUCUUACCGCCGCUACCAGUUCUCCAGACUUCAAGCCUACCCUCGCCUUGCACCCGUCUUCCUCGGAUACCGACCUCCCGGCCCUGCAGAUGGCCCACGAGCCCGGUCCCGCGGUCUACGGUCCCGCCCCAUCGCACUACUUGCCUCCCUGGAUGCACCUCCCGCCCGCCUUGCUCAACGGUACCGAGGGACGCGAACGACUCCGAAGACUGGCUUUCAACUCGAGGUACCUCAGCUCGGGUCUUCGAAAGCUCGGGUUCGUCGUCAGCGGACAUCGAGACUCGCCGAUCGUCCCGCUCUUCUUGUUCCACCCGGGCAAGAUGCCCGUCUUUUCGCGAAUGAUGUUGGAGCGUGUCGGCAAGGACAGGACGCCGGUUGUGGUCGUCGUCGUGGCUUAUCCCGCCACCCCCUUGAUCUCCUCCCGAGUCCGAUUCUGUCUCUCGGCUGCGCACACCAAGCACGAUAUCGACUUGAUCCUUCGAGCGUGUGACGAGAUUGGCGAUAUUCUCGACCUGAAGACGGGCAAGAACAGGUGGUCGGCGGACGAAGUCAUCCGUCGGGCCGAAGAGCUCGUCCACGAGAACUAG